AUGACAAUCAUUGCUUCAAUCUCUAAAAUCGGUAACAUUAAAUCAUCAUCAUCUUCAUCAAUUGGAUCAGGUAAAAGUUCAGCAGUUUCCUUUGGUAAUAGUAGAAUUGCCUGUGGAGAAUGUGGUGGUAGUGCAACUGGAUUAUUAGGAAAUAUUGCAAAUUCUGGAACAGGGAUGGUUUCUCAAAUUCCAGUAACUGUUAUGUUAGAUGUAAAUGCAAAUGCUAAUCUUAAUCCAUCAAUGUCUGCUGUACCAGCAGGAAACUCAUGUGGUUGUAAUUAA